ACAUUUGACGUUUGCCCUCCGACCAGACAACUCAACCAUAAACUACCCUCCAAUAAUUUCUUUGUUACUCAAUUAUUAUUUGCCAAAGUAAAUAUACUCAUUUAAAAAUAAUAACAAAUAUAUUUUUGAUUAUAAAAUAUUAAUUUGUUUGUGUUAAUUUUCGUUUGUUUGUUUUUAAUUUUUUUAAUUGGAAAAACAAUAAAAAGCUCAAGUGAAGUGAUUAAAAUUGUUUAAUUGAUUAUUUUUAAUUUGAUAAUUAAAAGUGGAGAUGCAAUAGAAUGUUGGCUUCUUCAAUAUCAUUUAGUGUUCGUGAUAUUCUCAACGAUAAUCAACAAGUUGCCAGUAUGGAUUGUUAUGGAAGUCAUCAGCAGGUGCCACAUAUGACACAAGAUUAUUAUGGAUACAAUGCAAUUCAAGAAAAUCAUUGGGAUAUUGAUAAAUUUAAAGAGCAACAACAAACACAAAUGAUUUAUCAGAGUUAUCAAGAUUUAAAUCAUGGUCAUUCAUUGGGACAUGUGCCAACACAUCAGUAUCAUGAAAAUCCUGUUGUAGAAGAUGGAAAUGUCGUGACAUCAAGUAAAACAGAAUUGCGUAAAAAUCAAUCAGGAAAAAGAAUUAAAAGAAAACCACGUGUAUUAUUUUCACAGGCACAAGUUUACGAAUUAGAGCAACGUUUUAAACAACAGCGUUAUCUAAGUGCCCCUGAACGUGAAGUAUUAGCAACAACAUUAAAAUUAACAAGUACCCAGGUAAAAAUAUGGUUUCAAAAUAGAAGAUAUAAAAAUAAACGUGCACGCAUUGAAGAUGCUGAAAAAAUGCAAACACAAACAUUAAAAAAUCAUACAAUAAAAAAAAUACCAGUACCAGUUUUAAUUAAAAAUGGAAAAACAAAUGUGUGCAAUAAUAGUAACAACAAUAAUAACAAUUAUUGGAGUGGAUAUAGAGCAGAUUUAAAUGCACCAGGAAUACAGCCAGAAUUUAUAAAUGACAUAAGAAUGACUCCAGAAUUUAAUAGUCCAGAAAUACGUUCAGAUAAUACAGAUUAUAGAAAUGACAUAACAACAAGUCAAGACACAACACACAGACACAAUAUGGGAUCAAGUGAUUAUCGUACAAAUUUUGGAUCAAAUAUAAGACUAAUAAAAAGCGAGUACAAAGUACCUGGUGAUGUGUCAUCAUAUCCUGAUUUAAAAACAUCAACAUCUGAUGAAAAAACAGGUCUUUUAAUGACUGAAAAUAGAACAAUGAUUGAUCAAUCAAUAAUACCAAGUGAUUUUGUAUUUUCAAGCUACACAAAUCCACCAAAUUAUCAGGUACCAUAUGUUAAUUACACCGAGACACUUCCUGUUGAUCAAAAUCUUCAAAGACUCUGGUAGUUUUACUAGUAAUUAAUAUAUUAUCCAAAGAAAUUUGCCAAAAUAAAAAUAUAUUUUUUCUUUUUUUUAAAUAAUAACAAACAGUUGCUUUUAAAUAUUUUAUAAAAUUACCGGAAAUUCAUUUUCAAGUGUCUCAAAUGCGGAAGUAUUUUAUUUAAAUAAAAAAAAUUUUUUAAAUAAAAAAAAUCAUCCCCUAAUCUCAAGAGGAUAUCUGACCGUAUAUACAAGAUUUAAAAAAACGAAAAUAUUUUUUUUUUUCUUUCUUUUAGAAAAUAUAAAUAAAUAAAUAUUAAAAAAAUUAUAUUUGCAUUUAAUUUAUAUAGAUAAUGAAGAAUCAAAAAUAGUUUGUUAAAGAAAAAAAAAAAAAAAUGUUAAAAAUAUUUUUAAAAAAUAUUAAAAAUAGGUGUAUAUAUUUAUGACAGGUUGAGCAAAGCCAAGAAUUGCUUUUAGGGUUAUCGUGUGAGUAAGACGGGGUCAUCUGGCAGUUCAAGUGGUUUGUGCGUAAACGGUAUGCGUCCUUUUUAUUUCUAUAUAAUUCUGUGGGAUCUUGAUAUACACAUAUUACUAACAGCUACUGUUAGCUGUUAGCUAUUACGAUUCAUGGGAACAUACUGAUAAAAAUGUCAGGCGUUAUUUUAUGAUCUUUCAUUAUUUAAUUUAAUUUUAUAUAUAUGCAGUGAAUGUCAUCGUUGAGUUUAAAAAUUAGAAAAAUAAACUCGCCUUAAUUUUACUGCACCUGUAGGUUUUUUUUAAUAUAUAUUUUUAUCCUCUUGA